UUUGCCAAACGCGGCCGAAUUUUUUGGGUAAGAAUGUAAGAAGUGAUCCAAACAAGCCGUUAGCAGACAACGUUGAGAUAAAACAAAGAGAGAGCGUCAGACAGAGAAGAGUAGUCCUUUCACCUUUGCUUCUCUUUAAACGGUCACCGUUUCUUCAUUUUCCCGGCGUUCUUUUUUAUUAUUUUCCCCCUCUCACUCUAAGCACAUCCAACUCGGUCGGGGUUCUUUCUCGUCGGCGUUCAAGGCGGCAAGUAAAGAUUCUCUGCUCACCUUAAUGGCGGAUCAUGUAUUUCCUUCGAUCAUUGCGCGUUUAUUAGGGUACAUGGUUGCUCUCACUUUCCUUUAUCAACAUCUCACCGUCACCGAUCUUCACUCUUCAGUAGCCCUUCACGAUUCAUGAUUAGGUUUUCGUUUCGUUGAUUUAAAUUGGUGAUUCGAGACCGUUCUUUGGCGGCUCUGCUUUUGAUAUGGGAAGUAAGUUUUAGCUCAUCUGGUUUGGUUUUCGGUUGAUGGAAGAGCCGAGUCAGCUCAAACGGGCGUUGAUAGAUGCCACGGCGGGUGCAAUAUCCGGCGGCAUUUCCCGGACGUUAACAUCGCCGCUUGAUGUUAUCAAGAUUAGAUUUCAGGUUCAGUUAGAGCCCACUUCUUCAUGGGCUUUGCUUCGGAAAGAUCUGUAUAGGACGUCAAAGUAUACAGGUAUCUUGCAAGCAUCCAAGGACAUCUUUAGGGAGGAAGGUUUUUCGGGAUUUUGGCGAGGUAAUGUCCCAGCACUUCUUAUGGUUAUGCCUUACACUGCCAUACAAUUUACAGUGUUGCAUAAACUGAAAACGUUUGCAGCAGGUUCUUCAAAGACAGAGGAUCACAUUAAUUUGACUCCUUACUUGUCUUACGUAAGUGGAGCGCUAGCAGGAUGUGCAGCUACUGUUGGAUCAUAUCCAUUUGAUCUUCUACGAACCAUUUUGGCUUCACAGGGUGAGCCAAAGGUGUACUCUUCCAUGAGGUCUGCAUUCAUUGACAUAGUAAGAAAUCGUGGCUUUCGAGGAUUAUAUGCUGGGUUGUCACCAACACUGGUUGAGAUCAUUCCUUAUGCAGGCCUACAGUUUGGUACCUAUGACACAUUCAAGCGGUGGACCAUGUCAUGGAACAGAUAUAGAUCUCUUCAUAUUGCCUCAAGCCAGAUAGAUGAUAGUCUUUCGAGUUUCCAGCUCUUCCUCUGUGGUUUAGCUGCUGGUACAUGUGCUAAAGCUGUCUGUCACCCACUCGAUGUGGUCAAGAAGAGGUUCCAGAUUGAAGGGCUCCAAAGACAUCCUAAGUAUGGGGCACGAGUUGAGCACCGUGCUUAUAGAAAUAUGUAUGACGCCGUACACCGUAUCUUGCAGAUGGAGGGUUGGUCUGGCCUUUACAAGGGUAUUUUCCCAUCCAUUGUCAAAGCUGCCCCAGCGGGUGCUGUUACUUUUGUGGCAUACGAGUACACAUCAGACUGGUUAGAGUCCAUUUUGACAUGAAGCUAACCAUAUUCCUCCCUCCCCCAUUUUUGGGUUGACUUUUACCAUUCUUUUUCGGUUGUAAUGAAGCCCAUUUGAAGGGCAAAAGGCAUAUCCAUGUCUAUUCAAUUUGAUCUAUUUUUUGUUCAGUAUGAUACAACCCAUGGGAAGAAAAAGAUACUCCGAGGAAAAAAGGAAUAAAAGUAGGUAGAAAAAUGCGACAUACGACCUGCAUUUAUCCCAGAAUUGUUAAUGCCAUUAAACACAUAUAAUACACAAUUUCAAAUGCAAUUGUGGAAUUUUGCAACCUAAA